GCCCCCGAAAAAAAUACACGUCGCACAAAAACGGAAUCCUUCCGCCCCCAGACUCCACAUGUCGCUAUAAAGUCCCGACCCCCACUCCGCUCGAUCAAACAUCGUGUUGGCUCACGGAAAUAGAUCUGUUCUCUCUCAGACCCUCAUCAGCAGCCAAUCCGUCGUGCACUCCUCCCUCGGCUCAGCGCAACCCUCCGGACGCACGGCAGCCAUGGCCGAGGCGGCGCAGGGCGGUGGGCUACGCGGCCGCGGCGUGCUGCUGGGCGGCGUCCAGGACGCGCCGGCGGGGCGGGAGAACGACCUCGAGACCAUCGAGCUCGCGCGCUUCGCCGUCGCCGAGCACAACGCCAAGGCCAACGCGUUGCUGGAGUUCGAGAGGCUGGUGAAGGUGAGGCAGCAGGUGGUGGCCGGGUGCAUGCACUACUUCACCAUCGAGGUCAAGGAAGGCGGCGCCAAGAAGCUCUACGAGGCCAAGGUGUGGGAGAAGGCCUGGGAGAACUUCAAGCAGCUCCAGGAAUUCAAGCCGGCCGCCUAAUGAAAAGAUGUAGAUAAUGCUAGUAUGUUAUAUACUUAUAUGUAAGCUGAAGCUUGUGGCUCGAGCCUAUCCAACAUGCCAGCCUCGCUGGAUACUGGCGUAAUAUGAUGAAAUAAACCUGCUCCCUACCUCA